AUGACUGCAAACAAGAGUAUUGCUGUUGAAUCUACCAACCCACUACAAACCAAACUGACAGUUGAAGAGGCAAAACUCUAUGAUCGGCAGAUUCGUCUGUGGGGAAUGGAGGCUCAGCAACGUAUGCGAAAUGCACGAAUUCUUGUUGUAGGAUGUACUGGGCUAUCUAAUGAAGUGCUCAAAAAUAUUGUUCUUGCUGGCGUCGGAGCUGUAACCAUUGCUGAUUCAGAGGUCGUACAAGCCAAGGAUCUGGGAUCACAAUUCUUUUUGCGAGAUGCUGAUAUUGGCAAAAAUGCAACAGAGUCUGUAUUGCCUCGAAUUCAAGAACUGAAUCCUCGUGUGCGUGUCAACGCAGUGUCCGACGAUAUCAACGGUCUUCCCGACACCUUUUUCACCAAUUAUGAUAUCGUUUGUGCAAUUGGACAAAAUCCAGAUAUAGUGGCUAAAAUCAACACGAUCGUACGAGUAAAGAAUAUUUUGUUUUGGAGUGCAUCGAUAUUUGGAACAUUUGGCUAUAUGUUUUCGGACUUACAAGACUAUCGCUACUCUGCCAUAUCAAAGUCUGCUGAUAGCAAGGAACCGCAGCAUACACCAGCACAACUAUUGUUUUGCUCAUUUGAACAGAUGCUUAGCACUACGUUUAAUCAUCCUAAAAUCGAUAAACGCUGGAGGCGAAGGGCACAUCCAUUAUACUUUGCCAUCAGGGCGGUGUGGGAAUAUUGGAUGAAACAUAGGAGGUACCCAGAUAUAAAUAUGCCAUCAGAUCUUCAAGAACUAAAUACUAUGAAAUUACAAGUCACCAAAUUGCUGGAAUGCGAUGGUGCUUUUGUGGAGGAUGAAUUGAUUAGAAAUGUAGCUAAUAUGGUAUCAGUAGAAGUUUCGGCAUCAUGUGCCGUCCUGGGCGGGAUCUUAGCUCAGGAGCUAUUGAAAGCACUGUCACGAAAUGACUCUCCUAUUCAUAAUGUUCUCUUGUAUGAUUCUUGGGAGGCGAUCGCACAAGUCAUGAAAAUUAUGCCCUGA